AUGUUGGGUGUCUGCAUUGAAAGUGGGACAGCAGAAGGCAGUUCAAAUACCACUUCCACCGUCCUCGACCUACUCAGUAUUCUACUUUCCUUCCAAGAUUUCGAGUUCCGAGUGCUCGCCGCCUCAACUUCAUUGCGGUCCUCCCUUGCAUCUGGUACGAAUCUCUGGAAUCAUCAAUCUGGAACGAUGUCAAAUCCUGGUCAAAUCUCCCCACUCCGGCCACUUACGCGCCACAUCACCACCCACAAUGAAGAAGGCAAGGCCGUCCUUCAUUCUUCCACCCCCGGUGAGUGGAAAUCCUACGACGAGAAUGAUAUGGCAUUCGAUGUGAUCUACACGACCUCGCAGUUCCCGGCGGAUCUGAACCAAGAUUUGGACCUGGCUACCCACCAGACGGUGGUCAAUUCGGGUCAAUUGGGUUUGGUCAAUCCCAAAGGCACCGUAUGCCGCAUCGUCGACUUUGCCCCCGAUAACCGGUGCGUGGUACACCGGACCCAAAGUCUGGACUACGGCAUCGUGUUAGAAGGUCAGGUGGAAAUGGUGCUGGAGGACGGAGAUCCCGUGCUGAUGCAACGCGGAGACGUUGCGGUACAACGCGCAACCAUGCAUGGUUGGCGCAAUCCUAGUGCAACCGAAUGGGCGCGCAUGGUGUUUGUCCUCCAAGACUGCAAACCACUUACGGUGGGUGGAGCAGCGCUGAAGGAGGACCUGGGUAUUGCAGAAGGGAUCCUGGAGCCCAGUCGAAAUGACCAGUAA